AUGAAUCAUAUUAUAAAACAGAAAACGACCUCCUCGGAGCUCAUUCAGAUCGCCACUUUAAAAUUUAAACCGUCCCUUCAACAGGGAACCGAGCUGCCUCUUUCAUUUCGCGACGUCUGCCGACAGCUUCAGGCGGUUCCCGGCGUAUCAUCCACAUAUUUUGGCCAGCAGAUCGAACGUCCCGGAACUUGGACUUGGAUCAUUCGCUGGGCUUCUCUAGCAGCGCACGACGCAUUUCUUGCCUCGCCCAGUUUUACGAAUUGGAUUGCUUCGUUCCGUGCCGUAGUGGAGACGUAUAUCUUCUGGAAGGCCUUGGUCCGUGGGAGUCUAAGUGCAACAUUAAAUGCUCCCUGCACAGAGGUCUUCACGGCCUACGGCACAUCCGACACCUGGCUCGAGAUGCGAAUGAAGCCCUUUGCCGACAAUGUCGAUGCUGCCAAUCUUCCAGGACACCACGGCUCAUUUUACGGCCAGUACGACGUCCUCAUGCAUGAUUCGCAUGACGUCCCCGAGGGGACUACAGUAAGCAUGAUGCUCGGCUGGGACAGCAAAGAAGCGCAUCUAGCCGAGCGUGGCGAGGGCAAAGGUGAGUUGCUCGAUUUCCCGCAGCAUGUGUGA